CUACUGAGCACCGGCGGCUUGGAACCUGCUGGAAGAAUGUUGGGAGAAUGAGCAGAAAGCUGCCAGCAGCUCAAACUCGCACUACUGCCGAGUCAGCUAUGGCCGGCAUGUGCGGUGCCUCCCCCUCCUCCGGCAGUGCCAGUGCGGGCUGACUGUCGGGUGUCGCCCAAACGCUCAUUCAUCAAACGAGGCUUUCUCCCCCGACGCCCCUUGGGCCCAAAGCGGCUCGGCUACGCAGACAUCAGGGGUGAGAGCCUCCAGGGCCUCUGCGCUCGCAGCUACCGCGUUGAAUCCAAGCAGUUCCCUCGGUGGAGAAGGGAUCGAUGGUGUCUGCGCCGGUUUCCGCGAUAGAGGUUCUUUGCGGGCCUGCACCUCCGCGGGAAGACAACUGAGCGCGGUGUCUGCAGCACCCAGCCCCCUCCCCGCACUCUCCCCAGUUUGCUUCCUGCUGCAGUCCGGGCCCAAAUUAACUCUUCCCACUUGGUUUGCUUUCUUCUUCGGUUUCAGACACUUAAAAAAGCAGUGGGAUGCCCGUUGGCUAACUGAUGCGCGCCGAGCCCUGGGCUCACUCCGCAGGCUGCUGCCGACUUUCCCACCGCAGUCCCGCUGGGCGCCCGGGCUUCGGCCCCUCGCCGGUGUCUGCGGAGGGAUGCGCCCGGGCACUGGCUGUCUCCUGGCAGGUGAACGCCGGCCUGUAGGCUAAAGCCCCAGAGCGUCCACCUCGCGCCCCCAGGUUUUCUGCUCCUCCCCAACCCCUCCGAAGGAUGUGCCCCUUUGGCAGUGUCGGGGCUCCCAGCCCGAGGGGGGGGGGGAGGGCGCCUCCCUAUCCCUCCUCCCCAUCCCCGCCUCGGCUGCGCUCGGGCUUUUACUGCAGUAGCCGGAGGUGACAGGGACGCCUCAGCCUCCUCGGCUGCUCUCAGAAGCCGCCUUCCCCAGCCUCCCCAAGGUCCUGCACCCGAGAGGCCGAGCCCGGGGGGUGCUACGAGCCGCAGGAAACCGAAUUUUAGAAUGUGGAAGUCGCAGGGCGGCAUUCCUCCCGGGACCAGCCCGAGCGCCCAGCGCUGACAGCCAGAGGCAGCCUGUGGGAAGUUGGGACCGUAGAGCAAAGGGGGAGGGGAGUGGUGCAGCUCUGCGAGGAGUCGCUGGAGCAGCGCGGUUGGACACAAGUUUGCGUGGGAGUGUUUUCCUUUUGUCAAUAAUUAAUCGGUCUGGCAGAUUGGAGUUUUGGCAAUAGGGCAGGCGGCGGGGCCGAACACCCCACUCUGGGAAGCUCGGAGGCGCCGGGCGCAGGGGGAAGCUCGCAGCUCGCAGCAUCUGGAGAGGCGCCAAGGCGCUGGCGCUCACCUAAGCCGCAGAGAGGUACACCCAACCGGGAGAUGAAGAAACAGCAGCCCAGAGAGAAGUAACCCAGAAUUAUUCCGUGGAGGAGCAAGAACAAGAACCCAAGCCUGGACCCUCCUAGGCAGGUGGAAGAGAGCUGUAGGAUCAAGUCUUCUGAAAUAUUCCCCAGGACGGGCCUUCUGCAGCUUGAAGGAGCCAACCAUGGAUUUCAGGCGUGUGAAGGACUAUUUCUCCUGGCUCUACUAUCAAUACCAAAUCAUCAGCUGCUGUGCUGUCUUGGAGCCCUGGGAGCAAUCCAUGUUCAAUACCAUCUUGCUAACCAUUUUUGCUAUGGUGGUGUAUACUGCCUAUGUUUUUAUCCCAAUCCACAUCCGCCUGGCUUGGGAAUUUUUCUCCAAAAUCUGUGGCAUUCACAGUACACUUUCGAGUUGAUCUUGGUUGCGUUCUGUGAAUUGGCAGUGCACAUGUAUAUGUUGCUUACAACUCCUUGUUUUAGGUGAUUACUGUGUCUUCUUUCACUUUCUGAUCUAAAAAGCUCUCACUUCUCUAUGCACUCCUAGGUCCUGCCUGAAAUUUGUGAUAGAUGCCUCUUUAGGUUCUUUUGUACAUGUUACGUUGUGCAUCAGACCAAGACAAUACAAUGACCUUACCUCACGUACCAUAUUUUCUCAACUUAAAUCUAUGACUUUAGUUGUUGUUUUUUUAAAUCAGGAAAUUUCAUAUAAAAUUUUUCUGGAAAGUAGGCUUAUGAGACCUAUCAGAAUCGUGUUUAAAAUAUCUGCUCCCUUGAUACCUAUUCUAUACUAAAGGAUAUAUUUUUAAAAAUGUGUUCAUAGGCUACUGUCAAAAAUAUCAGAUCCUUGUUUACAAUAUAAAGAUGUGAAUAAAUUAUAUGGGCCCCCUAAAGUAUUGUUCUUUUUACUCAACUACUGAUACCUAAAAUCCUUUUAUUCCAAGUGCAAAAGAAUAGGCUGAAGGCAAUUAUCUGCUUUCAGACAUGGUUCCUGAAUUGUUUCAAAUGUCUCUAAAAGUCUGGCUUUAUAACAAUUUAAAACCAACAAUGUUGAUUUUAGAUAGCCCAGUAAUUAUUAUAAUACGAAAUAAUUUUUACGUAUAAGAAACAAAAUAUAAUCAGAGUAAAUUCA